CAGCUUCAGGAUCUUUCUGACCUUGAAGAAAGGGAAAACGAAGAUAUUGUGGCACCACUUCAGAAGCAAAGUGUGAAGUUCUGUGCUUUAGAGGUGGUAUUGUCAUCUUUUGAUUGCAAGAGCCCUGGAGUUGGCAUAGCCGAGACUUUGGAUAAACUGGAAGGUCUCUGUGGGGACUGGAAUAAGGCGUGGCUGCUGGGAGCUCCGAUCCUAACGCAGAUUCUGCACCCCGUCCUGCUGAUCCCCGACCCAUCCGUCCCCAAGCCCUGGAUUUCUCCUUCCCGUGCUCCUGCACUUGAAUCCCCUCAUGCCCUUCAACCCCGGGCCAAGUCCGGGUUUUUUGAUCAACGGCUCAUCUCGAGUGUUGGCCGGAUGUUGUUCCCGCUGCAGAAGUUUAAAGGUUUCAUUCCCAUCCGGGAUGAAUACUCAGUUGGAACUUCCAGAAAAUCUAAGAAACCUCAUCAUCGACCACAACAGAUGCAGGAUGAGGACUUAGAUUCCAGUAUGGAUAUCUUUUAUCCCGAGGGGAAUGAACCCUUGGAUGUACUGGGAGAUUCAGAGCAACAUCCACAGAUCCCUCACAAGACUGAAUCCUUUUCACCCCAGUCCCAGCAUCCAGAACCCUCUGAAGAGCUAGAACAGCUUCCCUUUAAGGCCCUGGAAGCUGAAGUUUCAGCAAGCACACAACAGACCCCAGCUGCACUUCCAGGAUUUCCCGAGGAAUCGAAACCUUUAGUUCCAGACUCAGAUUUGCUGUCCAGUACCCCUGAAGAGGGUGAUACUGCUUCAGUCCUGCCAGAAAUCCUAGUUCAGCCUACAUUGGGUCCUGAGGAAAGGGGGUCUUCAGUACCUCAGGAGAUGGAAGCUCAGUCUUCAGAGUCAGGUCUGAAAGCGCAGUCUUUACUGCAUCAUCAGCCAAAUGAACUGUCUCCAGUCCAGAAAGAAGCCCAUCUUUCAAAUAUAUCUACUGUCAUCAUCAAACCUGCCUAUCUGCAGAUUACCGAAACUCCAAGAGUCAACAAGCAGGAUGAAAUUUCAACCCAGCCAGAAACCCUAAGUCUAAGUCACACAGGAGAGACCCGUGAAGAGAAUGAACACUCUCUAGCUCAAGAGGUGGCCCAGUCUCAGCCUCUAGAGAGCCCUAAGGGUGACUCUGCCAUACAGCAGGAGGCAGUGGCUCAAGCUCCAGAGAUCCUUGAGGUGACUGAAUCUUCAAUCCAGCAGGAAUCCCUAGCUCAGCCUCCUGAAUCUUCUAUGGAGUUGGAAGGUCAACCAUUUCUUCAUCCUGCGGAAAAUCUUCCAACUCCAAAUCAGAAUGGAACUUCACACUUAAACUUGCCCCGUGUCACUGCUCAGCAUUUGAGUGUGACAUUUUCCAUUUUUUCAGAGGUUGGUGAUGAGGUUGAAUCUUCUCCAGUGCCACAGGAGGCCCUGGAUCAACCGUCUGAGCCAUCUGAGGAAUCUGUCACUAAUCCACCUCUGCAUCCCGAAGAGUUUAUUACAUCUCCACGUCACAAUGAAUCCCCAAGCUUAAAUUUGACAUAUGUCAGUGCUAAACCUAUUGGUGUGACAUUUUCCAUAUCUACAGAGAUCAGUAAUGAGGAUGAACCUUCAGUCCAGCAGGAGAUGCAGGCUCAAUCUCCUGAGCCAUCUGAGGAAUCCGUCACUCACCCUUUCCCGCAUUCUGAAGAAAAUAUUCCAUCUCCAAGUCACAGUAAAGCUCCACACAUCAACUUGCCCAGUGUCACUUCUAAUCCUAAGGGUGUGACUAUUUCUGAAAGUACAGAGGUCAUAAAUGAGGUCAAACCUUCAGUUCAGCAGGAGGCCCAGGCUCAACCUCCAUCCCAAGAGGUCCAGGCUUCAUUUCCAGGCCUCUCUGAGAACAUGGAAUUAUCUGGCUGGCAGAUUGUAUCAUCAACCAUUUCUGAAACACAGAAGUUCCAGAGUGAGAUGGUAGCUCUACAUUUGGGUCAGACUCUAACUCAGCUUUCGCCAGACAAGGAACCUGCUGAGAAAAUGGAAAUUUCUUCACCUGUGCAGGAGACCCUCACUCAGCUUUCAGAGUUACCAACAGAUAUCGUUUUGGCUCAGGCUUCAGAGCAUUUGGAAGGACCACUUUCAGCAUCAACUCGGCAUCCAUCAUCAGUCCGGGUCACGACUCUCACGGCAGAACCAAGUAGGGAGAGCAAAGCUUCUACGACCCUGAAGAAGACUAGCGCUCCCACAGAGCACACUGUGACAAAACCAACAGGGAAUGUGCGGACUCAUUCAAUCGCCACUAAGAUUUCAGCUCUACCCAGUCUGGGGGUUUUGAAGACAGUACCUUCUCCAACCACACAGAAGACCACAGGUCAGACUUCUCAUCAAAAUCAACCUUCUACACACCAAUAUAUAACUGUAACUCCGGAACGCACUGUGAAGACUAAACCCUCGACAACCCUGACAAGUACCAGUGCUACAGAACACUCAGAUGUGACACCUAUCACACCAUCUCUGAGUCCUCAUUCAAACCUGAGUGAAGUCACGUAUCCACCUAUAAACAAGGACGUUCCUGUCACUGAAGACAGUUCAGUUACAGCUCCAACCAUGCAAGAGACUGGAGUUCCGUCUUCAAAGGCCCCAAAGAAAGCUGAGGUAACAGUUUCAACAAGUACCACUCUGACAACCCCCACAGAGGGAUUGCUGUCAGAACAGCGUCAGCAUCAACACACAGAUCUGAGUGAACAGACAUCUGUAACUUUGGACGAAACGCCACAGCCAGAAACAUCAAGGACAGCUUCCCUGAGUCACUCUUCAGCCCUAUCUUCUGGACGAUCUACUUCCGAAAAGGCACAUGUAGAUUUCCCUGAGCAACUGCAACAGAAUGAACACAUGACCUUCAACAUAUGUGAGCUUUGUACCUGCACAGAGGAUACCCUCUCCUGCACCGGUCUCAGUCCAGAGAAGAGACUCCGUAGAGUGCCUGUGCCAGGGCCCAACAUCAACAGGACCUUCACUAUACUGAAUUUCCAAGGAAACUCUAUUUCUUCCAUUGAUGGAAAUACAUGGAAGGCAUACCCUUGGGUUGAGAAACUGUGA